AAGUAACUAGUUGUUGUGGUGGACACAAGACUCACACUAGUGAUACAGUCUGUUGCCGUUUCCAGUCAGCUCAGAUCGCAGUCACUUUUACUUCUGGUCUGUACAUUAAAACUUCUAAAUUUUCACCAACAGAUGGUUCAUUUAGUUUCCUUGGUUAAAAAUAUUCAAAGCAUGGCAUAUCCUGAAUAUAAUGUCUAAUUUUUGCAAAAAUUUGAAUUUAAGAUUCCUAGUUUUCAGCAAACUACAGUGAUUCAGACUUUCACCUUCAUUAUGCUUACACUUUGUGUUUUUGUUGUUUGGAGAAAAUCAGUGAGCCAAUGCUUUUUGCAUGAUUCUUUAUUUUUUAUUUCAACUGUACUAUCUAAAGGGUUUUCAUUGCAAAGGGUGAGGGUUUGGGACAAAUACACAUAAAUGAAAAAGGCAGUAAUUUUUGGCUGAUGACUGCAUGCAGGGCAACAUACUAUAACUUGAAGGACUGGCAUGCAAAGUAACUGUUUUUUAAAACAACAUUGUGUUUCACAAGAAAGAGUGUGUUAGUUUAUAGAUAUUUUUUUUGUAACAAGAGGUGAAUGACUAUUAUCAUGAUAUGCAAGUACUUUGCCUACCAUAUUCCCUCCCCUCCUCCUUGGCCCAGUAAUUUUCUCUUCUCAUCAUUAGUCUUCUUAGAGGGUAAAAUAGUUUUGCUGAUGAUCUUCAAGAAAAAUCAAUGUGACAGCCAUUCAUUAAAUUUGUGAUUGUUAGGUAACUACAUAGUCCUAAGGAGCUUUCUGAAGAGUCUCUCUCAGUGUAACUGAAGUGUCAACUUGCAAGGGUGUUUAGUCGGUUUGUUCCCAGAAGUAAAUUGAAGUCAACUGUCUGAUCCUGACCAUGUUUAUAUUAUUAGUUUAUCAUUUCCAGCUUAAAAUUUUGAUUUUCUGCCACCACAGUGACUACUUAUCUUGCAAUAUAAAAUGGAUCUGCUUUCAGCAAUUAACUUGAAAAUGUAAAUUACAAGUUUGUGGAUUUGACAUUUGGUUAAGAUAAACAGUGAACAAGCUUCAAAGCUAGUUGGUUCAGAGUAGCAUCUUGGUUAGGCAUGGGUUGUAGAGAGACCCCAGAAAAUGCGUAACUGCAACUGGAAAGGAUAACUUUUUAGUUGCACUAGUUUAACAAUCAGCCUUUGGACACUUUGAGAACUGAAGUAGACCAGAAACUAGAAUGUAUGGUUACUGCUUGGAAGGAAAGAGUUUCCAUAGUUUGCCAAGAACAAAAUCAUCAAAUUGUGAGGCACCUUACAAAUUGACAACUAUCCAUAUGGAAAGCACAAAGAUGUAAGAAGUCCUCAAGUGUUUUCCAAGGUGAUCAUGUUUCUAAUUAUCAAGUUAUCUGACAAGUGUUGACAGUCACUGCUGUGAUUUCUUUAGUUGAGCUAAAUUUUUCCAAAAUCUGCCAGCCUCACCCAGGUACUAAAGUGCAUUUGAUGUUUUUAUUAAUUGGAAAUUUUCUUCAAAAGUUAGUGUUGCACUUGUAAAUGUCCCCUGAUGAAAUAUUUUAACCCCAAAGUGAACACAUUUUGGAAAACUUUUCUCAAGUGCAACCCCUGCCUGAAAAAAAUUAGUAAUUAAGCAUUCUCCUAGGAUACCAGGGAAUUAAAAAGGGGAAAAGAUUCCUUACACCCACGUGACAUAUACGCAAGGCUGUGUAAAGUUUUGUAUAUAAGCACAACUUGAGCAGCUGCAAAGAUUAACCACCUUUAUUUUCAAAACAAUUAUGAAUAAAAAAUUAUAACCCACUGAAAAUACAUAGUUUUUAGCUAAAUUCUAAAUAAGCAAAAUGUCUGUUGGUGAUUUAGAAGUUAAACAGCUAUUGAUACUGUUGAUAGCUGCAAAGAUUAACCACCUUUAUUUUCAAAACAAUUAUGAAUAAAAAAUUAUAACCCACUGAAAAUACAUAGUUUUUAGCUAAAUUCUAAAUAAGCAAAAUGUCUGUUGGUGAUUUAGAAGUUAAACAGCUAUUGAUACUGUUGAUAGCUGCAAAGAUUAACCACCUUUAUUUUCAAAACAAUUAUGAAUAAAAAAUUAUAACCCACUGAAAAUACAUAGUUUUCAGCUAAAUUCUAAAUAAGCAAAAUGUCUCUUGGUGAUUUAGAAGUUAAACAGCUAUUGAUACUGUAGAACUUUUUAAAAGAAUCAAUUCAAUAACUACUGUUUAACUCAUAAAACCAAUAUUGAUAUACAAACAAUGGCACUAGACAUCAUGACACCCAACCAAGCUACAAACUAAUUACCAUGAUUGUUUACAUUUUUAAAAUUUCUAUCGGGAUGAUCGGCUUGUCUCUUGUAACUGCAACAAUACUAGAAAUAUUUGGUUUUUUUUUUUUAGUUUGAUGGUGAAAAAUUGCCUUCUGGUAACUACCAUAAUACUACUAGAUUUAACUGUAACAUGUCAAUAUAAAAAAGUUAUUGGGCACUUUAUAUUAAGUUCUCAAUUAAAUAAACAUUGUUUGUAAUAAGGUUAAAUAAUCAUGAACAGUUUAAGUACGCAAAUCAUUGUAGCAUGUGUUUUAAAACUUCAUUUCAUACAUGGCAAGUGUGAAAUUGAUAACCAAUCAAAACCGCAAUCAACACAAACUGAAAGCACGAGGUUUCAACAUGUCGACUUCAGUUCAUCUGAUUCACAUUUUUAUUUAUUUAAUAUUGUGAGCUACCAGGAAUCUUAAAGUUAAUUUAAUAGUUGCAUGCUUAUACAAUUUGCAGUGUAAAUAACUGACUCUUUCUCAUUUAACAAUUUAAAAAUGUAUCAUUACGAUAGCUGUAAUAGACUUAUUUCAUACCAAGGAUUUUUUCCUCAUUACACCUUUGCUAGCAAGAUUGUUGUUCUAACAAUGGCUUCUGUGACCUGGUAUGGAUCACAGUUUGAUGAAGGUCUCCUGUCUUCAAGAUAGCCUUUACCAUCUUCAGCACACUGGCGAGGGAUACGCACACUAGCACCUCGAUUAGCCACUCCAUGAGAGAAGUUCUCAAUUGAUGAUGUCUCGUGCAGCCCAGUCAAACGUCUUUUGUUAUCUUCACCUUCAUUGGGGUCAUACAUCCGAAUGUGGUAAUCAUGUCUGCUUGAUAGCUUUUCAAUGGCCUCAUAGAUGUACUUUAUUCCUCCUUCUUCUCUCAUUGGCUUGGUACUAAAAAGCAGUUCAUGGAAAAAAUAAGAUUUACCUCAGACAGGUGCCUCACUAAUGAUUCCAUUUUUUCAUUACCGGUAACUAGAGUUUCAUUGUCAUUCAUAUGUCUUCACUAGCUGCUGAUUAAGUUUAUAAUCAAUUUCAAGAUUGCUGUGCUCUGUUUUAAGUGCAUUCAUGGACACGCCCCCAAUUAUUUAAAAAGCAUGGUCGUCAUCAAGGAGACUUUGACAGACAACCUCUGCUCAAGUACCAGUAUCCAGUUGGAAGACCAUUUGUGAUGAUUGAAAAAAACACUUGGCAAUCAAGCCUUCUCCAAGAUUUGGUACAGUCUCCCGCAAUCAUUAAAGUCAUUGCAAAAUUUCAACACCUUUAAGAAAUUGCUUAAAACUCACUAUUGUAGGGAAGCAUUUACUUUAUAAUUUCUUUUAAGUGUUUCAUAUCGUAUACAUCUUUGCGUUUUAUUGUAAAUUUAAAAUUUUAAAUAGGUAACAUAGUAAUUUGUAGUCAAUUUUAACAUGUAGAGUGCAUUUGUUCAUAUCCUCCAGUAUGUUAAUUUGCACUGUAUAAACAUUCAAUAGAUUACUACUAUUAUUUGUAUACUGUCCUUGCCUUUUACCAAAGGAAGAAUUGUGGGGUUCAUCCUCAGUGAAACUUUGGCUCAGUCACUGUUGUAACUGCAACGUUGUUGUAACUGUUACUGUUACAGUAUUAAGAAGCAGUACAAGUUGUAGCAGUGAAGAAAAUUUUCACUGUUAUGCUUAAAACAGCUUUUAUUGCUUGAAUCAUUUUCUGUUAAGUCUUUUACCUGUAGUUUGUGUGAGCUCCUGCCCCAUUCCAGUCCCCUGGUACAGGUUUGGGGUCAAAACUGACUGUGAUUCCAAAAUCUUCUGCAACACGAUGUAACAGAAAUCGUGACAUCCAAAGGUGGUCACCCAUUUGAAUUCCUUCACAUGGACCCACCUGGUAUUCCCACUAUAAGGCAAGCAACAAUGUGACAUUAUAAACACUCAAUUUUGAAGACCAAUUUCCUCACCCACAGUACAUGUAACGGGGUGUGUUAAAUAUAUUUUCAUGAGGAAUUAUGUUGCUCCAUUCAUGGCGUAUUACUUGGUCAUUUAUUUAUUUACUUUCACCGUUACUGUAAAAUAUUUUAAGCAAUGAGAAUUACAUGUUUUCUCACCUGUGCGGGCAUGACUUCAGCAUUAGUUCCAGCAAUCUUUACACCAGCAUACAGACAAGCUCGGUAGUGAGCUUCCACAACAUCUCGGCCAAAAACCUUUCCUGUACCAACAGCACAAUAAUAGGGUCCCUGUGGUCCUGGAAAACCUCCCUUUGGCCAGCCUAAAGGGUGGCCGUCCGUGUCUAACAGUGUGUAUUCUUGUUCAAUACCAAACCACGGAGCGGCUUUCUAUGAAACAAAGAAAGAAAACGUAGAUUUUACGUUAGAACAAUCGUCAACUCACGAGGUCGUGUGUUUGGAGUGCCUCCUUCACGCAGAUUGGACAGAGUCAGGCAGAGGUGAAAAGAUUACGGUGUAGUUUGUUCUACGCUAUUCUAGGUUACUAGGGCAUUGGAAAUUCGAGACAGGAUUUAUGAAAUGAAAAUGCGAGUUGUUCUCAUUAUCUCGGCCCUUCUCGACACUCUCCAACCGAAACUUGUUUUAUUUCGAGUGUGCUGUAAAUCUCAAUAAUGGGGUCAGCUAUAUUUCAUUUCCUUUUAUAUUUAGAUUUUAAAGUGUUUCCUUGACACCAAAAUUUUUCCUUUUUUAAUUUUUCGUAAUUCUUACAGAUUCAUCCGAUAACUGAAGGCUUUUGAAGAUACAUUUUCCUUACCUUUGCAAGGUCGACAUUCAUAGCAUCAAAGCAGCUUUUUCUCGUAUUUGUUGUGGUUGGCUUGUGGUCAAAUCGAUACGUGUCACACAGAACUAACUUGUUCUUUCCCCUUCUGAACGGAUCUCUAAAUAAAGCUACAGGAUGGAGAUACACAUCACUGUUUGAACCUUCCGCCUGGUUUGUACUGGAGCCAUCGAAAUUCCAAAUGGGAAGAUCUUCUGGUUUAGUUGGUUCCUCGCUCACAGUUCUCGUUUUGCAGCGGAGAUGCUCGCCGGUUCCGUCUACCCAGAUGUACAUGGCUUGAAUGCUGUCACCUUGAUCAAGAGACAUGUACUUGGCGAGCGCAGGGUUAUUACUUCUCUCAUCCAUCGUGUUACUCUUAGAAAAAAGCAUCUUGGUGGCGCAGACAGUUGUCUUCAGUGGUAGGCACCCUACGGCAGUAGACGCCGGUUGCGAGGUGCGUUCAUUCAGUUUAUACUUGAGACCCGGGAAUUUAGUAGGCCAAUCACAGUUAGUUAUCAAAACACUCGUGAUCGAACGCGUGUUUACCUUGACGUCAAAAGGCCUUUCGAUUGAGGAACACGUGAUUCCCAUGCGACCAGUAACUUCACUACAAUCACGUUCCAGGGAGCGUGUCUGAUCCAAACAACCAGAAAUGUUUUGUUCGGACCUGCAAGGCUUGUUAUUCAACAAACAUGCUACUAGCGAAGUGUCCCGGCCAUAUUUGUUUUUCAAGUGGACGGUCACAGUUUGGAGAAUCGCUUGACGUUGACAGCUGCUGUUUUUCCUUCUGAUCUACUGACAAUGCCGUUUGCGUUUAAAAUUUGAAUGAUUCCACGUAUAUCGUCGAAACCAUUCGUCCAAUUUUCACACAUGGUAUUAAAAUUAACGUACACAGCAUUUUUCAUAAAUCAGCCGGUAGAAAGAGACAAAAACUGUCAUCAUCAAUCUUGUCCCAAUAAAAAUAACUGAAUCAAGGAUAUGAGAGGCCAUCGUCGCUCCUGCAGGGGAGCAUAGGGCAUUAACCAUUGGCCUUCCCACUGGACUCUAAUUUUGGCAGCUCUCUUUCCCUUUUUCCACUUGAUGUUCCUCUUAGAGAGCUUCUAUUGACCUUUUCGAAGGCAGGAUGGGUAAUACUUUAUUACCAGGCUUCCUGAGUAAAUGCCCAGCCCAACCACUUCUGCUAUGCAAACUUGACUGGCAUGAUUCGUGAAGUCUUCCUUACUUACUAACAAACCCGUUGACAUAGAGCUUUACCGGCCAUAAGCCGGUAAGCUCAAAAACUGCAAAGGCAACCUGAUGACACCUGUUGCUCCUGGAAUUAUUUUAAACUCAUUCAAGUAAUCCCUCGAGAACCAUUAAGACUUACUGGAAUAACUUGCCAAAAUAAUUGCUGCUCUAGGAAUUUUUCCCCUUCAAAGUCCCUUCUGGGAUACAAAACAAAGUAGUUUGGAAUUCUUCAACUAAUGUGAAUUUGUACGCACCUAAACUCUUUUCUCAUCGCCAGCACUCACUUUCACAUCGAAAUUUCUAGUUUAUGUAAGAAAAAAGGUGAAUUUAAAUUGCUGGUUUUAAAGGUUUCGAGUGGAUCGUUUUCAACCAUUUCAAUACAAAAAUGCUCCCAGUAUGUAGUAGAAAGAUGAGCUUCCCUCGUCUAUAUUUCAGCAUUAAAUUUUAGACAAAACAGUACCGUUUGAAGGAAAAAUGAUUUUCCAAGACAAAAACCAUGGGAUCGUGAAAUAUUAACCCAGAUUAAUUGAGCGAAUAAGAAAAAAAAGACAAUAGAAUGUAACCUAAUCUCUUAGCAAAAACACAAAAUAUAAUUGUGAAGGCAGUUGUCAACAAAAUUAUUCAAUAAUAUAGAGAUUAAGAAUGCUGAAUUUAGAAAAACUAUGCUUGACACAAAUUCUUUUGGAAAUAUACUGUCAGCCAACAAGGACCAGGAUACCGUAUAAAAAACACAGUUUAUAAUCUCUUGUGAAUAAGUCUAUAGUGGCUGAGCUGAUCAACCAUAAAGGAAGUGGGGAGUCAAACGAAGAAAAUAUUUUGGCUCUUUUCCGUCUCUAAGUAUGAAUUUCUGUAUCGUAAUGCGUCAGUUCUGUUUCCAUUUUCACAAGUAGUUUUAAUUGUUACCGCACAAAUUUCUCUGAUCAUUGUUCCUUGAAACUUAGCUUAUGUUGAAACACAAUAGUAAACAGGUAUAAGGGAGAUAAAGGAGAAGUUAUCUAACAGAAUGUAAAAAAAAUAUAUGAUUGUAACUGAAGAAUGAAAUAGCAAUAAUAUGUUAAUAAUAAGAAAGUAAUGAUUAGAAUAUAAUAGCAAUGACAAUUCACCUGUUGAUCUGCAGUCCGCUUAACGACUGGUGACUAAAAGGAGGAGAGAGGUUGGGCGAUAGCUGAGCGAUGAUUGGACAGUGCGGUCUUCUGGGAACCUUUCUUUUCUUGUGUUUACAGCUAUGGUAAAUAUUGGAUGCGAUUUUCAAGAGAUUACUUUUUUCCCUCAUUAACGUUGUUUGCUUCAGGAUAUCCUUUCCGGACAACGUUUUAUCAGGUUUAUUCUCGCCAGUAAUUUCUCGUUAAAAAAAAACAACUAUUUUCUAUUGGAUACAAAAGAGUCGUCCAGUACGCAAUAAUUUAUCGUUUUCGAUUUCAGCUCUGAGCUUAAACAAAGAUCAAAUAUAUACCCCAUUUUACGAGUAGCACUUAAUUCAUGAAUUCGUCAGAAAGACUGCUGAUGCUUUUCUUUCAGUUCCUUGAUAUUUUGCAAUCAACACCAAGAGGCAAACCAUAUACCACCAUGAUGCUAGCACCAGCACUACAACCACCGUUUGAACGGAUGCUAAAAAAAUGAGAGCUUUGUAGAAUUAUGAAAGACGAUAGGCAGUGUCUCCCUUACUCCCAAGUUAAGGAAUUUUUUUUCCUUUUUAUUCUCAAAACACUUAAAAUUACACCCUAAACAAAAUGUUCUAGUUGCAAAAUAUUUGUAACUGUGAAUGUCCACCAGAAACUCAAAGCGAACAACCAGGCUUCCAACUUUGUCCCAACAAGACAAAAGAAUGGUGAGUCAUUAAAAUUCAACUUCACGUGAAAGUGUCAAUAAUUAAAAGCCCGCACACAAUAUAAAAGUAACCAUGAUGAUCCUUUGUGAUCAGCCGCCUUGACCGAGGAAUACGAGCUUGGUACGUAUGUUGCCAAGAAAGACUCUCUAACCACUAAGUGCAUUUCCAAUCCGCUAAAUCAUUUGCGUUGUUCUUUGCAGGAACCAUGGACGGCAGAUUAACUUUCUGUGUUGUUUUUACGUCUAUAAUUCUCCUCGUCAAAUCAUGGCCGACAGAAAUACGAGUUGCUGCAAAGCAAGAAUCAGGUCAGUUGGAUGUUGUUUUCUUUUGUUACCUUACUCCAUUGGACUGGAUCAAAAUCGUGGUAAUCAUAAACGACUUCAAGACUGCCCUUUUUUUCCAGUUGAUUUGUAAGAAAAAAAAGGUUCUGCUAAAACUGAACUAAAUGUUAUUUUACCUUAACCAGAACUAUUCCUUUAUCUCAAAUAUAUCUAAGAGUAUUCCCUGUUCCAUUGUUUCCAUAAGGCAAGUUAGAGUAAUUUCCUCCAUCGUCCCUGCUCCACUGAACUUUGAUAUCGCAUGUUAUUUGAAAUAAACCUCCAGGGAAAAUGGAAAAUUUCCAUUGAAAAUUAAUUUUCUUAUGCUGAAAAUUAGAAAAAAGUUGACCGAAAUGGAUAAGUAUAAAGUAUUCAGUCAUAUAAACAUAUGUUGGCCGUUUAUGCGGGCGAGGCUUGAAAAUGACUGUGAAAUGACUGUGAAAUACUUUUUGAACGAUUUUUGUAUGCUAGUAUCCACUAUACGGCUGCGAAUAUAAAAAAAAUCAUCUAUGUGAACUGCGGAUUAAUAAAUGGAUAUGAGAGUGAUAUUCUCUUUUAUGUAACUAUUCCUCCUCAUUUUUGGAGAUAUGGGUAACACGCAGCAAGGAAUUCUUCACGAUCAAUCCAUAACAGAGUAAGCUUGGAGUAACUGACAAAAUCGGGUGCGAAAAGAAAAUCGUUAUGAGUUGAUGACGAAGCUUCAAAUUAUGGCAAACGAUUAAAGUAACAAAGUUUACGCUGCCUUCCCUUAGUUAGUUGCUCCCAAAAGAGGGAACAGUUCGCUAUUGUGUGAGGGACUUCAUUAACGCGUGUGGGCUGGUGCCGGACCGCACCACACGUGUCGUGAAUAUUCAAUAACGAACCUGAUAAAAUUUCAUUGUUCCCGUUGGUAGUGUCGUCCACAAGCACCUGCAAUUUAGCCCCUGUUAGAAAACUGAGAUUAAGAAAUAUUAAAACGGGUUUUGAAUCUAGUAAGAAUAUUGCAGAUUCGUUUACCUGUUGACUUGUAGCAUUGGUAAACUGAUGAACUAAAGACAUCUGCGUCGGUCGCGAAAUUCAGGUUGCUCGGCGGCUUUCAUUGCUACAACAGCAAAACAUUACUUAUACGAGCUGCGUUUCGCUAAGUGGCUGACUGACCUAUACCUGUCUAAAGAAAGAUGUUUAUGGCUUUGUCACGAGCGUAAUAAGUUGAACUGAGACCUUCGGAUUCCGCGACGUGAUGCUCCACCACCGAUCUAAAGCUUGGUCAUGACUUGACUCGUGUUUGACAAGAGUCCUGCAUACUGCUGGGAUCUGCAAUGUAGUUACACCUGCCUACUUGUCGUAAUUUAAUAAAGCGAGUUUCCUUUUCUAAUUUCCGCAGAUAUAAAGAUGAUAAAUGCAGACAACUAUGUAAGGGGUAUGGUUAAAAAAAAGGGAAUGACAUAGUUGAUCAACCAUCUAUUCAUCGAGGGAAGCUAGCGUUAGUUCACUGCUUUACACUUUUCUGUCACUUGUCGUCAAGUGAGUUGUAGCUGUUCAAGACUGCACUCGCCUGCUGACCAUAACACAGCAAAAUCUUAAUCAAUCGUAAUCAGUUUCUCCUCAUAAAAACUGCAAUGAAAAGUAUAGAAAUCAGACGCAUUUAAAAUGUAAAUUAUACUCGAGUGGAACGCUCAUUUAUGGCUAGUUAUAUGAAAAAAUUUUUGGAGAAAUAAAAGCUUGACAACAAUUCUUGCUGAGAAAUAUUAUUGGAGCACUAAUGGCGUUGCUUCUUCCAUAAUACCAAUCCGUGUUUCGAUGAAUUCGAUAUUUUAUUAUCUGAAAUGAUUACUUUAAUUCAAUUCUUUACAUGCGCGUUCUUGGGCCUUUGGCGUGACUUAAGUGAUUUACAAGAUAAUUUUUCUUCACUGAAUGAAGUCUUUUUUCUGUUUAUUUCAUUCUAACGGCUAGGUGGAAAAAGACAGAUGUGGUAUCCUCCUCCACCACCACCCCCACCUCCACCACCACCACCACCUCCUGGCCCCCCAGGUUCAGAUGGACCCAUGGGACCCCCGGGACCUCAAGGACCAGACGGACCAAAAGGGCCUCCAGGGCCCCCAGGGCUACCAGGACCACCGGGAAUACCAGGAUAUCCCGGAAAUCCCGCGGGACCCCCAGGCAGACCAGGGCCUCCUGGACCUCCCGGACCAGCCGGUGGCCAAGGACCCCCUGGAGACAUGGGAGCAGUUGGCGCUCCUGGUGGAGCAGGCGGAGCUGGACAGCACUUGGGAAAACGAAAGAGAGAAUUAACUGAGUGGGGAGAAAUCACGAGACUAUGAGGGACUUCAAAACUGAAGAACAUUGCUGACUUAUCUCAAGAAUUUUAGGCUGGCUUUGACACUGCACCAGGGAUUUCGGAUAAUUUUUUUGUAUGUAAGUCGACACAUUUUGUACUUCCAGGUUCGAAUCAUAUUUACAUGGUUCGGGCGUUUAUGUUUUGAAAUUAUUUCAAGUUAGAUAAGAAAAAGAUUUUGUAA